AUAUGUAUAGUUAUCCCACAAAUUUGCUAUAUUAUAUAAGCCACCUGGCUAGAAGUGGAUAUACCUCUUAAUGAACUGAACUAGUCAGUACUAUAGAAAUGCUUUUUACGUACCGAUUUAGCGUGUUCGGAAAGUUGUCUGUUGUCUUCUUCAUCCUUUCAGAAUCCAGGUGUACGGGAGCUGACUGGUAUACAGAGAUAUGUAAUGCUGGGAUGUGUUUUAAUGGUGAGGCGGAUUGUCUCCGUUCCUGUAAUCAGAUUUGUGGAGAAGAAAGGGGGCAGGGCGUCUGUACCUUUGACCCCUUUAUUCGUGUUCACAUUUGCUGGUGUGGUUACGACCAAUCAGAAACAACAGCAACAACAAGUUCCACACCUUUACCUGCCCCUACACUGGCCACUCACAGUGCUACUCUCACGGAAUCAGAGGAUUGUGGGAGCUUACAAUGUUUUGGUGACAGAGAUACUUGUGACAGCUAUUGUCUCAUCCGGUGUCAUCCCCAACUCUACUCGUGUGAUUUGAGAUGGCAUGGUCGUUAUAAAUGCCUGUGUAUUCAGGAGGUUGUUGUGCAAAGUUUACCUUGAAGUCAUAUAAAACCAGUAUAUACAUAAACUUGUAAUGAUACAUAAUGUCUGUUUACCAUUUGUUGAGUAUAGUAUCAAACCACGUUUCACUAAAAUAUAAUUCAUUUUAGAUUUUGUGCACAUGUUGAAUAAAGAUUGAAAAUAAAGUCCUUGGGCUUUUAAGUAUAAAA